GUCCUGCGGAUUCCGACGCGGGAAUCGCUGGUGUCAGGGGUCGGGGUCACAGGCCAGCGGCGUCUCGGUCGUUGCCCAGGUCCGCUCAGCUUCCCGCUGUCCGAAGAGGUUUUCCUGCGAAGGCAGGGCGAUGCCGGAGAACCGGCAGCUGAGGGUCCGCUCCGGGAACCAGCUUCGCCCCGCGUCCACCAUGGAGCCGGCGGCUGGCGGGGAUUGGGCCCACAGCCGCGCCGCGCUCGACCGGCUGGAGAAGCUGCUGCGCUGCUCGCGUUGCAACAAUAUUCUGAGAGAGCCUGUGUGUUUAGGAGGAUGUGAGCACAUCUUCUGUAGUGACUGUGUGAGUGACUGCUUCGGAACCACGUGUCCAGUGUGUAGUACCCCAGCCUGGAUACAGGAUGUGAAGAUAAACAGACAGUUGGACAACAUUAUUCAGCUUUGUAGUAAGCUUCGCAAUUUGCUACAUGAGAAUGAGCUUUCAGAUUUAAAAGAAGAUACAUCCAGGAAAAGUUUAUUUAAUGAUGCAGAAAGUAAGAAGAAUUCGAUAAAAAUGUGGUUUAGUCCACGAAGUAAGAAGGUCAGAUAUGUUGUAAGUAAAGUUUCAGUGCGAACUGAACCUCAAAAGAUAAAUGAUGAAAAUGCUCAGCAGGCCUCCGCAUAUGAAUAUGUUUCUGCAAGUCCUCCAGUGGAUGUAUCUGUGAGGGCUAAGAAGUCUGCCACAAGAUCUGGAAAAAGACAGAAAAAGAGAAUUUUAACCAAAAUCAACCAAGAAUGGAAUUUAGAGGCAGACAGAAAAGAUGGUGAACUUGACUCCAAAGGGGAAUCUAAGGAAAAGCUGGUAUCUUUCUGUAUGCAACCAACCAUUAUUGCCAGUCCUCAGAGAAACGGUGAAAUAGACUUACUAGCCAGUGGCUCUGUAGUGGAAGACGAAUGUUUUGGGAAUUUAACCGAAGUCUCUUUACCGCUGGCUGAGCAUAUAGAGUCUCCAGAAAUUGAGAGCAGGGAUGAAGUAGCAACUCCUGAGAAGAGUCCCUGUGAGAAUGACCUUGCACCUAAGAAAUCCGUGCCCAGAGGUCAUAAAGGAAAACGGCGUCGAGGGAGACCGUCCAGUCCCGUGUCUAAGAGAUGCAGGAGCAGCACUGCCAGCGCCAGAGGAGGUGCUGUGAAGCAGACGGUGCUCUCAGGAAACAUGCCGACUCCUGGCUCUUCCUUGCCUCCUCCAAGGAAACGGAGAGCUGGUGAUGCAGCAAGGCGGAAAACCAGUGACGCGCUGGAGGAGUCCAUCAGCUCCUCGCCGGGCACGCCGCCUUCCACGCUGAACAGUGCAGGUCACGGACGGAUGCUGUCCAGCCCCUCGGCCAUGAAGCUGCUGCCUGGUAGUAACCUUACGGCUGUGAAGAGAAAUCAUAAGGGGGAGACUUUGCUCCAUAUUGCUUCAAUUAAGGGUGACAUACCUUCUGUUGCAUACCUCUUGCAAAAUGGAAGCGACCCGAAUGUUAAAGACCACGCUGGAUGGACGCCAUUGCACGAAGCCUGCAGUCAUGGGCACCUGAAGGUGGUGGAGCUGUUACUGCAGCACAAGGCGCUGGUGAACACCACUGGGUAUCAGAAUGACUCCCCGCUCCACGAUGCGGUUAAGAACGGGCACGUGGAUGUAGUCAAGCUGCUACUGUCCUAUGGAGCUUCCCGGAACGCUGUUAACAUAUUUGGUCUGCGACCUGUGGACUGUACCGAGAGUGAAAUUGUGAAAUCGCUGUUGCUGCUACCAGAGAAGAAUGAAUCAUCAUCAACUAGCCAUUGCUCAGUAGUGAGUGCUGGUCAGCGUAGAGAUGGACCCUGUGUACUCAUAGGCAGUGGGCUUUCUUCAGAACAACAGAAAAAGCUCAGUGACCUUGCAACAGUUCUUAAGGUUAAAAAAUGUGCUGAGUUUGACAGUACAGUAACUCACGUCAUUGUUCCUGGUGACACAGUUCAGAGCACCCUCAAAUGUAUGCUUGGGAUUCUCAGUGGAUGCUGGGUCCUGAAGUUUGAGUGGGUGAACGCUUGUCUACAAAGCAGAGAAUGGGAGCAGGAAGAGAAGUUUGAGGUUCCUGGAGGACCCCAGAGAAGCAGGAUCAACAGAGAACAGCUGUUGCCAAAGCUGUUUGAUGGAUGCUACUUCUAUUUUGGAGGAAUCUUCAAACACCAUCCAAAGGACAACCUCAUUAAACUCGUCACUGCAGCUGGGGGCCAGAUCCUCAAUAGGAAGCCCAAACCUGACAGUGACGUGACUCAGAGCAUCAACACAGUCGCUUACCACGCCAACCCAGACUCCGAUCAGCGCUUCUGCACACAGUAUAUCAUCUACGAGGAUCUGUCUAAUCAUCGCCCAGAGAGGGUCCGGCAGGGCAAAGUGUGGAUGGCUCCUUCUAGCUGGUUUAUAGACUCUGUGAUGUCCUUUGAGCUGCUCCCUCUUGACAGUUAAAUACUGCACCAGAGGAGCCUUUCUGAUUGAACCUCUGUUCACUGUUUUGAUCAUUUGCAUUUCGAUAGACAGACUCAUUCAUGUAUUCUUUCCUGGAAUUAAAAAUAUCUUAUGUCAGAUUAGGAAUUUAUUCUGUGUUUACCAUUUAAAUACUGAGUUUGCAUUGAAGGAUUUUCUUUUUAAAACUGACAUAUAUUUUGAUUCAUCAUGUCUUUCUACUCAAAUUAUCAGCUAUCAAAGAUUAAUGAGAGGGUAUUGGAAUUAUUGCUUGAUGUACAAGUGGUAUCAUUAAUGCCUCAGCUUUGUAAUGUUUUUUGAUGAAAUAAUCUCUACUUGCCACCAGCAAAAAUACUUGUCAUCCUUUAGUAAACAAAGAAUAUUAUCAAAUAACUUAUUGUGGGUUUAUCGUAAUGAAAAUAGAGUACCUGGCCUACAUGUGUUACCAUAGGUAUUAAAUUCUUCUCUUGUCUACAGUUGUAUUUCAUUUUACAUUGUUUAGUUUUAUAUUAUUUACUUGGAUGUCUCCACCUGCGUUUUUAUGUCUUAUUAUUAGGAAAUCAUGAUUGGAACCUUAACAUUGUUUUUUGGUUGUAAAAAUCAACAUUGGUUCGUGGCACAUUUUUAUCAUAUACUAUUGCUUAUUGUGAACUCUCAGUGUGCUGCUGUGUUUACAUACAUGAAUACAUACUUCAGGCAUUUUCUCUUAACAUAUUUUAGUGUCUAUAUUUCUUAAAGGGUCUCAUCAGACUCGCAAAUUGUCAAUAAAAUGUUGGUAAAUUAGGAGGCAGUCUUUUCUGGUAGACUUUUUGCUACCUAUUGCUAAAACAACUUUUUAUGGGUUUUAAUUUCUUCCUUCAUAAAGGUUUUUUUGUUUUGUUUUUAAUUUGUAGAUUUCUCUGGAGGCAGAAGUUGGGGAUUACUUGAUUUAGAACAGAUUGUAUCCAGCUGAUACAAAAGGCCGUAACAGUAAGUUUAGAGGGAGGCGAGGGAAGGACGUGCUCAGAACCUCGGGGCAGUGGGCGGGGCACCACCUGAGGGCAGGGAGGGUCCUGGGGCAGCGGCGGCGGAGUGUUCCCCGGCAGAUUCCGUCCUUUAAAAACAGUUUUAAAGAAGUCUUAGAAAUGGACUGUUCUUCUGAGAGUGAGGACGUGGGCAGGAAGACUCCGUGAGACCUGUCGGUAUGGUUACUCCGGGGCCAAAGAGCACAGUGGGAUGACCCCUGGCAGAGAGUGCACAGUCUAAAAUUAACGGGCAUUUCAGCAUCUGUUCAUCUGAAAGUUUGAGAUUCUGCUGGUUCAAAAUAAAUUUUACUUUAAUUUCUCCUUAGAUGUGUUACUUUUCCAUAUCAAGAAAUGUAUUACAGUAAUAUACUGCUGACCCUGACCUUCAGGGGCGAAUUAACGCUGAGAUACUUUCCAGCGGGUAAUGUGUUUGUCCCACAUUUCAUUCUGAUGGAGAAUGAUGAACACCAUAGCACCAAGCACGUCCGAGGGGUUAGCUAACGUCUGGGCAAAAUGCAAGACUCUGGGAUCGGGGCUGUUGUUUUUGAUUUAUACCUGACUUUUCAUCACUUUCUAUGAGCUCAUUGGUCACAUUCCUAGACAGGUCUGUGUCUGUUCCCCUGAUCCGAGUCCCUGUUUGGAAGAACACCUUUGGGGGUGUUGCUCGCUUUCAUUUAUUCCUUUUCUUGGCCUGUCCCCCUCCCUCUUUGUCACAUUUUGUGCUCCACUGUUGAGCAGCUUUAUUUUGGGUUAUUUUAAGUAUGUAUUUUGACAGCAGUUGAUUGAUGUCAAGCCCUUGAAACUUGUACUUUAUGCAUAUAUACUUGUAAUUAUUUUCAUUUUUCAAUCAUAGAUUCAAGCUUGCUUUUAUUUACUAAAACCAUUAAAAGUUAUUUGUAUUUCAGUGUC